GCAAAUUUACUAGCAAAAGAGAGAGAGAAAUCAGUGAUCAUUCUUGUUUGCAAAUUACUCUUAGCAUUCAACAGAUUUCAGAAAUGGAGGUGGGCUUAGCAGUUGGUGGUGCAUUUAUCUCUUCAGCUUUGAAUGUUCUAGAGAUGUUUCAGAAGCAUACAAAUGAUGUUCGUCUCUUGAAGAAGCUGAGAACGACUUUGCUUUGUUUUCAAGCUGUGCUAAGUGAUGCAGAGAAUACGCAGGCAUCAGAUCAAUUUGUGAGCCAGUGGUUUAAUGAGCUUCUAGAUGCUGUGGACACUGCUGAAAACUUAAUGGAACAAGUCAAUUAUGAAGCUUUGAGGCUUAAGGUGGAAGGCCAGCAUCAAAAUCUUGCAGAAACUAGCAACCAUCGAGUAAGUGAUGCUUUCUUUCUUGACAUAAAGGACAAGUUGGAAGACACUAUUGAAAUAUUGGAGGAUUUGCAAAAGAAAAUUGGUCCCCUUGGCUUAAAGGAGCAUUUUGGUUUGACUAAACAAGAAACUACAACACCUUCAACUUCUUUGGUUGAUAAUUUUGAUAUCUUUGGUAGGCAGAAUGAUUUUGAGGAUUUGAUUGACCGUUUAUUGUCCGAAGAUGCAAAUGGAAAAAACCUGACUGUAGUUCCUAUUGUUGGAAUGGGCGGUGUGGGUAAGACAACACUUGUUCAAGCGGUUUACAAUGAUGAGAAGGUGAAUGACCAUUUUGAUUUGAAAGCUUGGCAUUGUGUUACUGAGGAAUAUGAUGCUUUCAGACUAACAAAAGGGCUACUUCAACAAAUUGGCUCAUGUGACUCAAAGGGUUAUGACAAUCUUAAUCAGCUGCAGGUCAAAUUGAAGGAAGGCCUGUCAGGAAGGAAGUUUCUUGUUGUCCUUGAUGAUGUGUGGAAUGAUAGCUAUAGUGAGUGGGAUGACUUGAGAAAUCUUUUUGUACAAGGACGUAUGGGAAGUAAGAUCAUUGUAACUACACGUAAGGAGAGUGUUGCUUUGAUGAUGGGUAGCGGAGCAAUCAACGUGGGAACUCUAUCUAGUGAAGCCUCUUGGGAUUUAUUCAAACGACAUUCACUAGAAAAUAGGGAUCCUAAGGAACAUCCAGAAUUGGAAAAAGUUGGAAAAAAAAUUGCAGACAAGUGCGGAGGGUUGCCUUUAGCUCUAAAGGCACUUGCUGGUAUUUUACGCUGCAAAUCAGAGGUGGAUGAGUGGAGAGACAUUUUAAGAAGUGAAAUAUGGGAGCUGCCAAGUUCUUUUAAUGUUAUAUUACCAGCGCUGAUGUUGAGCUACAAUGAUCUUCCUCCACAUUUGAAGCGAUGUUUUGCUUAUUGUGCAAUAUAUCCCAAAGGUUAUCAAUUUUGCAAAGACCAAGUUAUUCACCUGUGGAUUGCUAAUGGUCUUGUACAACAGUUUCAUUCAGGUGACCAAUACUUUUUCGAGUUGAGAUCAAGAUCGCUGUUCGAAAAGGUCCCAGAGUCUGAAUGGAAACCGGAGGGAUUCUUAAUGCAUGACCUUAUCAAUGAUUUGGCCCGAAAUGUAUCUUCAAAUCUUUGUAUAAGGUUGGAAGAGAACAAAGGAUCUCAUAUGUUGGAAAAAUGUCGGCACAUGUCCUAUUCAAUGGGAGAAGGUGGUGACUUUGAGAAAUUGAAUUCCCUCUUUCAAUCAGAGAAGAUAAAGUCAUUUCUUCCAAUCAAUAUCCAGCUCCGUGACCAAAUUAAGCUAAGCAAGAGGGUACUGCAUAACCUAUUGCCAAGUCUAACAUCCAUAAGGGCAUUAUCGUUGUCAUGCUAUGAGAUUGUUGAGUUGCCAAAUGACUUGUUUAUCAAAUUAAAGUUCCUGAGAUUUUUGGAUGUUUCUCGGACAAAGAUUAAAAGGUUGCCAGAUUCCAUUUGUGUGUUGUAUAACUUAGAGACACUUCUCCUAUCAUCUUGUGAUGAUCUUGAAGAUCUACCGCUACAAAUGGAGAAGUUGAUCAACUUGCGUCACCUCAACAUUAGCAACACUUAUCUCUUGAAGAUGCCGCUCCAUCUGAGCAAGUUGAAAAGUCUCGAUGUGCUAGUGGGAGCCAAGUUUCUUAUAAGUGAUUGCGGUGGUUUGAGGAUGGAAGAUUUGGGUGAACUGCAUAACUUGUAUGGAUCUCUAUCAAUUCUAGAGUUGCAAAAUGUGGUUGAUAGAAGGAAAGCUUUGAAGGCAAAGAUGAGGGAGAAGAAUCAUGUUGAAAAAUUAUCAUUGGAGUGGAGUGGAAGUAGUACUGCAGACAAUUCACAAACUGAAAGAGACAUACUUGAUGAGCUAUGCCCACACACAAACAUAAAAGAAGUCGAAAUCACUGGAUAUAGAGGGACAAACUUUCCAAAUUGGCUAGCUGAUCCUUUGUUUUAUAAGCUGGAGAAAUUGUCUCUUUGCCACUGCAAGGACUGUGAUUCCUUGCCAGCACUAGGGCAACUCCGUUCUUUGAAAUUCCUUUCCAUUAGAGAGAUGCACGGAAUAACAGAGGUCACUGAAGAAUUCUUUGGUAGUUUGUCCUUCAAAAAGCCUUUUAAUUCUCUUGAGAAGCUUGAAUUUGAAGACAUGCCGGAGUGGAAGCAAUGGCACGUACUAGGAAAUGGAGAGUUCCCUGCACUUGAGAAGCUUUCAAUUCAAAAUUGUCCGAAGUUGAUUGGGAAGUUGCCUGAAAAUCUUUCUUCUCUGACAGAAUUGAUAAUUUCAAGAUGUCCUGUACUCAAUUUGGAGACACCUAUCCAACUUUCAAAUUUACAAAUAUUUGAUGUUGAUGAUUCUCCACUUUUUGAUGACAGUGAACUGUUUGGAUCCCAACUUGAAGGAAUGAAGCAGAUUGAGGGAUUAUUUAUUGGUGAGUGUAACUCUCUCACCUCCUUUCCUUUUAGCAUUCUUCCGAGUACCUUGAAGGAAAUAGGCAUAUUUCGUUGCCAGAAAUUGAAAUUGGAGGCACCAGUUGGUGAUAUGAUUUCUAGCAGUUAUUGUAACAUGUUUCUCGAGAAAUUGACACUGUGUGGAUUUGACACUUCUAUAGAUGAUAUAUCACCUGAGUUGGUCCCAAGAGCACGCAAAUUGGAUGUAUUUAGUUCCCAGAACCUUACUAAGUUUUUUAUUCCUACUGCUACUGAUAGUCUCAGUAUUUGGAAUUGUAAGAAUCUUGAAAAACUUUCAGGGGCCUGUGGGGGGACUCAGAUGACGCAUUUGCGUAUUAUCCGAUGUUCGAAGCUGAAGUGGUUGCCAGAACAUAUGCAGGAACUCCUUCCUUCUCUUAAGGAACUGCAUCUGUCUUAUUGUCCAGAAAUAGAGUUCUUUCCAGAAGGAGGAUUGCCUUUCAAUUUACAAAUGCUUGAGAUCCGUAAUUGCAAGAAACUAGUGAAUGGACGAAAGGAAUGGCGUUUACAGAGACUCUCCUGUCUCAGAGAGUUAUGGAUCAAUCAUGAUGGGAGUGACGAAGAGAUUCUUGCCGGUGAGAAUUGGGAGUUGCCUUCCUCUAUUCAAAGGCUUGAGGUAUCCAAUAUGAAAACAUUAAGCAGCCAACUUCUCAAAAGCCUCUCAUCUCUUGAAUAUCUAUGCAUUGCUGAUAUACCUCAAAUUCAGUCAAUGGUGGAAGAAGGGCUUCCCUCAUCUCUUUCUCAGCUCCAUUUAAAUGACCAACAUCAACUCCAUUCACUACCGACAGAAGGUUUUCGGUACCUCACUUCACUUCAAAGUCUAGUCAUCUCCUCCUGCCAUCAACUCCAGUCUCUUUCCCUUCCCUCCUCCCUCUCUCAGCUGAUCAUCGAUGAUUGCCCUAAUCUCAAAUUAGUAAAAGGGAUGCUUACCAGCUGCCCCUGA